CGCAGCCAACUUCGCGUAAAGUAGAAAACAAAAUAUUUUAGUGUUUCUGCGCUUAUAACGAUUCAGCUAAUAUUCGACAAAUACUACUAAUAAACACGAACUGCUGCCGUAGCGCGUGACCGCGUCUGCAAUAUUAUCUUUGUGUCCAUUUGUCCUCUAAGCGUGUGUGCAGUGAGAGUGUAUGCUUGCAUUCACAAUGCGAGCGCAGAGAAAAUCGAAGAAAAUUCAAUAAAAAUAGCAACGCAACGGCUUGGCUGGCGAAAGUAGCAAAAAGUGAGAAAAUGUGCUUGGUGGAGCAUGCGGGGGAGAAGCAAAAGAGCACGUCAUUGCAAACGCAACCGCAACAGCAGCCCUUGUCGUGGUCUUCCUCAACAUCCUGCUGUUCAUAUCAGAGCAGCAACAACAACAGUGGUAGGAAUUAUAAUAACAACGACAGCAGAAUUUUAAGCACGCAACAAAAACAUCGGCAAGAACAGCCCAGCGUCAACAAUGGUGGCUUACAACAAAGCCUGCGUUGCACCACCACCACACCCACAUUCAAUGCCAAGUAUCGCCGAAAAUGCCUCCUCUUGUUAGCGUUGCUGCUCUUCCAUGGCUGCUUCAGUGGAUUGCACCGAGCCAGCGCGUACAACUGCACUGCGCACGGCAAUCGAUGCCAAAAUGACGGCCAAUGUCAGGAGGAUGGACAGUGCUUGUGCGCAGAUGGCUGGCAGGGACCGGAGUGCCAGUUUUGCGGUGGAAAAGUUCGCAUGUACCAUCCCAUGGGCACCAUUCACGAUGGCUGGGGUAAUUAUUCGGUAAGUGUCAAGUGCAGUUGGCUAAUAGAUGCCCGCAAUCCACACUGGGGUCGGCGGCACAACGCGAAUCCGCCACGCACCUCCAACAUUCGCAUUCAUCUGCGCGAGUUCGCUACGGAAUGUGGUUGGGAUCACUUGUAUAUAUACGAUGGGGAUAGCGUGGACUCACCGCUUCUCGCUGUGUUCAGCGGCCUAAUGUACAGAGGCAACUUCUCCAUACGUCAUGUGCCACAGGUCAUAGCACGUUCGGGGACCGCAUUGCUGCACUUCUUCAGUGACGACGCCUACAAUAUGUCUGGAUUUAAUCUAACAUAUAAAAUGAAUGGUUGUCCCUCGGACACUGAUGAAGUGGAAUGCUCCGGUCAUGGCAAAUGCAAGGAUGGCGACUGUCUUUGUGAUCCCAUGUAUAGAGGGGAGGCUUGCAACAUUGCAGCAUGCCCCAACAACUGCACAGAGGCGCGCGGCCAUGGCAUCUGCAGGGUGGACCAAGAGCACUGCGUUUGCAACGAGGACUACGGUGGCGACGACUGCAGCCAGUUGCGUGCGCAUGGCGUUUGGAGCACGGUACAUCCAAAGCACUCUCCACCGCCUUCGGGCACUGCCUCACAUGGAGCGGCUGUGUGGCGGGACACUUUGCACAUCAUUGGUGGAGAAUCGUAUGGACGUGGUGAUCUGAUGAACACAUACGAUUUCAACGGCAAUGUGUGGGAGGCAGUCCAUCUAGAGGAGGGCAGCAGUGCUCCAGAGAAGCGCUACAGUGCCUCUACAGUGAUGUAUGGCGAUAAGAUUUUUAUGUAUGGUGGCGUGGUGAAAGGGCAGGGUAUCUCCAAUGAGCUCUGGGCCUUCGAUGUGUCGGCCAAAACGUGGGAGAACAUCACAGUGAAGACGGAACUGUGCAAUACAAGUUCGGCGGCAUAUGCCAUGUGUGGGCCCUUGCAUGUGGCAGGACAUACUGCAACUUUGGUGCCAGGAUUUGGCGACAAGAACAACUAUCAGUACAUGGUGGUCAUUUUUGGACAUUCGCCACUGUAUGGCUAUCUGAACACGGUGCAGGAAUUUAAUUUUGGCACGCGUGAAUGGAGAAUUGUGGACACCUACGGAUAUGUGGUGAAGGGCGGCUAUGGACACAGUGCUGCAUAUGAUUAUUUAACUGAGAAGGUGUAUGUCUAUGGGGGAAUUGUGUCGGAAAGCGAAUCCAGCCAGGUACUGAGCUCACGCCUUUACGCCUAUGAGCCCUCGACGCGCAUCUGGACGCUGUUGUCAGCCUCGCCUAGUGCGCGGCUGCUACAUACCGCAAAUUUCGUCAAUCAUGGUCUGAUGAUUGUUUUUGGUGGCAACACGCACAACGACACUUCCCAAAGCUACGGAGCCAAGUGCUACAGCCAAGACUUGCUGAUCUAUGAUGUCUACUGUGAUUCAUGGCACAUGCAUCCGAUACCACCGCAUUUGCAGGCCGAUCUCGCGCGCUUUGGACACAGUUCAGUGGUUUUUGAGGAUGCUCUGUACAUCUAUGGGGGAUUCAAUGGACAAUUAUUAAACGAUAUGCUUCGCUACACGCCAGGACAAUGCAACUAUUAUACUAAACAGGAAAAAUGUACCAGCGCACGUCCAGGAGUCAAGUGCAUUUGGGAUGUCCAGAAGAUGCGUUGCAUUUCCAUUACACAAGUGCAACGUUCGGCAAUUUAUGGACGUGAGCAAUACGACUAUGUGGCCUGCCCUUCGAAAAGCCGUCUGACCAUGACCUCGGAACUUCUACAUGAUGUGGCGCGAUGUCAGGAGCUGACCAACUGCCAUUCCUGCGUGUCCACUGCAUUUGGCUGCACAUAUUGCGGCAAUGGAGUGUGCAGCAAGGAGCGCUGUCGUGAAACCACCUCGGUGGCAUCCAUAUUCUUUGAUUCAUCCACGCCACAGCAACUGCAGCAGCAACAGCAACCACAGCAGCAGCAAUCACAGCUACUGGCCUCUGUGGGAUGGCCCCUCAAUGCUAAACGCCUCGAAAGUUGCCCAGCCACAGAAGAUUAUCUCACCCAUACGCAGUGCGAGCAGUUGCACAAUUGUCGUGCCUGUGGCUCCAAUCCAGCAUGUAAAUGGGAGUCAGAGCACAAUCGCUGUCGCACUUAUUUGUCCAGUAAUCCUGGUGGCCCCCUUCCCACCCAUCGUACUGUGGAUGAGAUUUACUGUGCGCCCCCGUGCGCGACUAUGACAACCUGUCACAAUUGCACCGAAGAUGAUUGCAUCUGGUGUCAAAACGAGCAACGCUGUGUAGACCGUAAUGCCUACACGGCCAGUUUUCCUUAUGGCCAGUGCCGUGAAUGGACCACCUAUACGUCCAAAUGCAGGCAGACGCCUGCUAGUGUGGCCGCUGGCACCACCACCGCACUCUCAAGUGCACAAUGUGGCUUCUACAACAGUUGUCAGCAGUGUUUGGAUGAUCCCGCCUGCGGAUGGUGUGACAAUGGCUCCAAUACCGGUCUGGGCAAAUGUAUUGUCGGGGGCGCAUUGUCACCAUACGAUGAGUCGGAGUGUCCGUUGCGUUAUUGGUUUUUCACUUCGUGUCCGCGCUGCAAUUGCAACGGGCAUUCAUACUGCAAUGAUCUCACACACUGUGAACAGCCUUGCUCAAAUUUAACAAUUGGGUCGCAUUGCGAAAAGUGUCGUACCGGCUACUGGGGCAAUGCCAUAAAUGGGGGCGAGUGUCAGAAGUGCGAGUGCAACAAUCAGGGCGACUAUUGUCAUCCCGAUACAGGCAAAUGUUAUUGCAACACCAAGGGCAUUGUAGGUGAUCAUUGUGAGAAAUGCGACUCACAGAAUCAUUAUCAUGGCGAUCCAUUGAAGGGCUCCUGUUACUAUGAGCUAACCAUUGACUACCAGUUCACGUUUAAUUUAUCCAAAAAAGAGGAUCGCCAUUUCACCCAAAUCAAUUUCCGUAAUUCCCCUGUAAAGCCGGAAAUCGAUGCAGACUUUACAAUCACCUGCAGCGUGCCAGCCAAAAUGGAUAUAUCAGUGAAGCGUGCGGGAUCACCAGAAAAGCUCAUACUAGUGGGUGUAAAUUGCUCGACGUUCCGUCAUCGUUUUCCCAAAACUGAAUACGCUUUUGGGCAUGCGCCCGAAGAUAAUAGUUCACUGACCACAUUCUACGUGUUUGUGCACGACUUUCAGCCGCCCAUUUGGAUACAAAUCGCUUUCUCCCAAUAUCCCAAGCUCAAUCUACAACAAUUCUUUAUUACCUUCUCAUCGUGCUUUCUAUUGCUGUUGCUUAUGGCUGCAGUGUUGUGGAAGAUCAAGCAAAAGUAUGAUAUGUUCCGACGACGACAACGACUCUUUGUCGAAAUGGAGCAAAUGGCGAGCAGGCCGUUCUCGCAGGUGCUGGUCGAUAUUGAAAAUCGUGAGAAUAUUGAUCUGAGUCUGACUCUGGAAGGUAUCACUCACAUGUCCAAGAAACGCAAAAAGGAGUGUCCCAGUCCCAUUGCUUUGGAGCCUUGCAGCGGUAAUCGCGCUGCUGUGCUCUCGCUUCUAGUCCGGCUACCUACAGGUGGCCUCUCCCAAGCACCCGCCAGUCAGUCGGCUGGCCUAGCCGUAGCCAGUGCUUUAGUCACGCUUGGCAAUCCGCGUCGCCCAUCGAUCGAGCAGCAUCCCAAGGAGCCAAAAUCGAAACGCAAGCAAAGCCAACAUCCAGACAGUUGUACAUAAUAACAAUAACAUAAAAGAUAAUAAUUAUUAGUAUGCUAAUAUGUAAUUUAGCCGAUAGGUCUAUAGCAUAUUCCGUUCUUUAUUCUACUUAUACAGAAACACACAUACCGCGGAUACAAAUGGAUACAAAGCUAAACACAAGCAGCAAUAACGAUACAGCAUCUUAAAUAGAUAUUGCUUAAAUGUAGUUAUUGCUACCACCUUUAAAUUACUAGUUUAAUGUCGAAACAUGGCGGCAGUAAGCAAACAAACAAAGAAAACUUAUUAAUAAUAUUUUUUAGCAAAAAGACGUAUUUAUAUACAAAUAUAUACAACUUGAUAUAGUUCAUAGGUCGUGUCGUAGCGUUGCAAUAGUUCUAAUCGUUUUAUUUAUUUUUACCGCAUAUGUAAACUAAUUUUAGAUCAUUGCUAAUCAUAAUUAUUAUUUUUUUAACACUACACUUUAUUAAUCAUACAAUUAAUUUAGCCUAACGCUCCCCCAAAUAGCUUAAGUGUGUUGUUAAAAUUCAUUUAUGCAAAUUUUAUGCAUUAUAGAAAACGAAAAAGGACAAAAGCAGAAGACAAUUAAAAAAAAAAACAAAAACAAGGACAAAGGCGAAAGACAUUUAAAUCAUCUGAGAGCAAAAGAAGAACAAACGUUAAAUACAUAUAUUUUUUGUUAUUUAUUAGAGCAAAAGAACAACUAAAAAGCAAAGAAAUUAAUUUCUCAAGAAGUGGUGUUAAAUAAACGAAAUGUAUUUUAAUAACAAAGACAGACAAAAAAUACAUAUGCAAUGUGUUCAAUCAUAGACAUUUUAUUUCUGUGCAAAAGUCUACAACCGAGCAAAUAAUUUAAAUGGAAUUUGUUUGAUGCGCGCAGUUGUAUGUAAAUACAUCUAUAUGUUUACGUAACUAUAUAUGUAGCUAUUAUAGAAAUAUAUCUGUAUGAGCGCUCAGUAAUAUUUUUUUAAUCUAUAAUAGAAAAAACAAAUUCAAAUAUCAAAUCACAAACUAAGCCUAAGGUUUCCACUUUUCCACAAAUUUAAAUUUAAUUUCAACACAACAACAUUUAAAAGACACUUAAAAAAUGCAAAGAACAUAUUUAAUUAGGCACCUUACACUCACAUCAAUAAUACAACAAAACACAACAACAACAAUUGUUAAAACUUGGAGCUAAACCGUUCAGAAUCCAAUUAAACACAUUUUGAAGACAAAAUAUGUAUACUUGAAAACACUUCAGAAUUGCUUCAGGUGUUCGGUCACACGCAAAUUGUAAAAUAAAACAAUACAAUAAUUAACAAUCCAACAAAUUCCGUUUUGAAAUAUAAUUUCAAUUAUAAAAUCGAAAA